ACCCGGUAGUCAUUACAAAACUUUAGGGCGCGUGUUAGUUGACCCGGAAGUAGUUCUGUCCACGCGAGCGUUGUUGAAUCGUUGUAGAAAAGAAGGCAGCCGGUGGAAACGAGUGGGAUACGAUCUGAGAAUACUGUUUUUAUACACCAGCGACCAUGAGUCUGUUAACAAAGCCCAAGUCAGAGAUGACUCCAGAGGAGCUUCAGAAACGAGAGGAAGAGGAGUUUAACACUGGUCCUCUGUCUGUGCUCACCCAGUCGGUCAAGAACAACACGCAGGUCCUCAUUAACUGUCGCAACAACAAGAAGCUGCUGGGAAGAGUCAAGGCUUUUGACAGGCACUGCAAUAUGGUCUUGGAGAAUGUAAAAGAGAUGUGGACAGAAGUUCCAAAGAGCGGGAAGGGAAAGAAGAAGUCUAAGCCAGUGAAUAAGGAUCGCUACAUUUCUAAAAUGUUCCUGAGGGGUGACUCUGUCAUCAUUGUGCUGAGAAAUCCUCUGAUCACAGGAAAAUGAACUUUCUAAUGGAAACCUAGCUGAACUGCUCUCAUAGCCUUGUUUCUUUUUCUUUUUUUUGUUGUUUGUUUUGUUUUUGUUUACUUUUGAAUCAUCUGAAGGCAGUGCCAGUGGACUGCCAUUAAUCGAACCCUCUUAGAGCCAUUUGGGCAUAAAAAUAACUGGUUUUGCAUUAUUGAUGGAAGUCUUCUGUAUUUUUCAUUUUAAUAAUAAAAGUGGUAACUCGA